AUGAUGCCGUUCCUUCAGCUGCCGCCCAUCCCGGCGCCGCAUGCCGAGCUACCGAGCUAUCUUGAGCAGCACCCAGACAAGCCCAUGACAGAGCUGUUUGAGCCUUACCGCAAAUAUGAGGCCAGAGUGCGCGAGCUGUAUGCCCAAGAGCCCGGCUACCCGGCGCUCGUGGACCCGCAUGUCAAUGUGCUGCCGCUCUUCACGGAGGACACGCCCAAGCUGCAGAUUCGGGCCCGUGAUACGGAUGCCGAGCCGGAAGACCUGAAGGCCAAGUACAUCAUGCCUCUGCCCAAAGAGAACCGCAGGGCCAACGGCUCCCCAGCUGUUGUGCCGUCUAUUGAGGCCUUCCAGGGCAACUUUGAGGUCUUCUCCGAGUCGUCGCUAGCCGACAUUGGUUGGGAGAAUGUCGUGGCUGCCGGCUCGUCCGUCGUCAACUGCCUGCUGCCCGUGCCGGACGAGUUCAGCAAGUCUCGUCGGUCGCUGCGCGAGUACUACCACGAAAAAUUCUGCCCGGCGUCCGACGUCGAUCUGUUCCUCUACGGCCUGACGGAAGAGCAGGCUAUCGAGAAGAUCAAGGAGAUCGAGGCCGCCAUCCGCGACUCCAUCUUGGCCGAGACGACCACGGUCCGCACCAAACACGCCAUCACCAUCUGCAGCGAGUACCCGACUCGCCACGUGCAGAUUGUCCUGCGCAUUUACAAGUCCGUGUCCGAAAUCCUGACUGGUUUCGACAUUGACAGCUCUUGUGCCGCCUACGAUGGCAAACAGGUCUACUGCACGCCGCGUGCCCUGCAGUCGUACAUGACCCAGAUCAACCAUAUCGAUCUGACACGCCGCAGCCCGUCGUACGAGAACCGUCUAUCCAAGUACAGCCACCGCAACUUUGAGGUGUUCUGGGGCGACCUCGACCGCUCACGCGUCGACCCGACAAUCUUUGAGCGCAGCUUCAACCGCACGCUCGGCCUGGCACGUCUUCUUGUGCUGGAGCGUCUACCCACAGCUGAUUCGCGCCAGUCAUAUGCCACGAAGCGCCGCCAGGAGCGUGGCCGCCCGCCACUGUACAAUUCCCACUAUCUCCACGGCAAACUAGGCAAUAUCAAGGACCAGCACGAGGACGAGGUCGCCGAAUGGGUCACUCCGGACGACGUCAACAACUAUGAUACAUUUGUCCUUCCGUAUGGCCGAAAGUACCAUGCGAAGCGCAUCGAGAAGCUGUGCUACACGCGCGAUCUUCUUUUGAACGCAGAGUGGAAUCAGAAGAAGGACCGUGAGGUCUACCUUCACAGGCACCCCGCCUUUUUCGGUCGUGCUGAGGAUGUUAUGGAAGACUGCUGCUGUUUCUGCCCCAAGCCGCAGACAGACAGGGAGAAGGAGGUUGCAGAGGAGGAAAGCAAGACGUACAUCUCUGGCAAGAUCUCUUUCGUGACCGAUGACCCAGGCCGGCAGCAAAUCGGGUCUUUCAAUCCCUUGACAGACAAUGACUGGACCGAGAUGGCCUAUGUUGGCAACACAGCCCGUCUCUGCCAGGCCAUCAUUGACGGCGACCUGGAGCAUGUCGAGGACUGGCUGGCUCAGGAUGGCGUGGACCCCAACAGACGCGACCACACCGGCCGCACACCCCUCCACCUGGCCGUCAUGACGUCCAGCCCUGCCAUUGUCAAGAAACUGGUUGAUGACGGUGCUCGGCUCAUUUCCCGCGUCGCUGACGGCAGAACUGCUCUCCAUCUGGCGGCUCAGCGUGGUAGUGUCGAGAUCGUCAAGAUCCUCAUGGACAAGAGCACUGAGAACGAGGCCGAAGAAGAAGAAAAGCAGGACCAGCGCCGCAAGGCCAAACUGGCUGCUGACGCCGAGAAGAAGAUGAGGAAGGGCGAAGAGUCUGAGGGCGAGCACACCGAUUCGGAGGAGGAUGAAGACAUGGACGAUGACAACUCUGAUGGCGAGCUCAUCGACGACGAGAUGUCUGACGACGGCGUACACUCCGUAACCACCGCCUCCUUUGUCAAGGUCAAGAGCAAGGACAAGCAGGACCUUGGUGGCGACGCUGCGCUGAACGACGCCGACGAUGAACCCGACUUUUACGACGUCAACGUCAUUGCAUGGGACCGCCCCUGCUCCGCCCUCCACUUUGCCAUCAUCAACGGCCAUGAGGAGGUCGUGAAGCUGCUCUGCCAGGAGUACGGCGCCGAUGUUCUGCUACCCGUCAAGCUGCUCAACUCCUACAACCAGCAGCCCUCCUCGGCCAUCCUUACUCUGGCCCUUGGCUUGGCUCUCCCUAUCGACAAGGCCAAGUCCAUGACCGCCACGCUACUCAGUCUAGGCGCGACUUGCGCACAGGCCGACCUCAACGGCAUCACGGCUUUCCACAGAUAUGUUGAACAUACCGAUGUGGAUCUUGUGCAGCUGCUGAUGGAUCUCGACAAGACAGGCGCCCCCGUUGCCAUGAAUAGCCUCUCCUUCCAGACUGCCUGGUAUUCGGCCAGCCCUCUGCUGUGCGCCAUUGCGUUGGGCAAUGUCCGUAUGGCUCUCAAGCUGCUUGAUAAUGGUGUCCCGCCUCAGGUCGACUUUGAUACCUGGCUCAAGUAUGCGAAGACAUCGACUGCCUUUGGCAACUAUCUCAGCUCUUUUGAAGAGAACAACAAAACCUUUAACAGGUCCUUCGAGCAGCCUUUGAUUGUCGCUCUACGGUCGUCCAAUCCGAAGAUUGCCCUCGAGCUUCUCGAACGCGGCGCGGACCCGGACACCAAGACCAAGGACGGACACACCAAAGGCCUCCACCCGUUGAUGAUGUCCCGGUUUGCAAACAUCGAUAAUGCACUGGACCUUGUCCGCGGUUCCCUGGAAGCUCUUCGCGGCUACAAGAACGAACCUCCCGAGCAGAGCACGCUCCUCGAGGUGUCUGGAAACCCUGAAAAGUUUUUGGCCACCUUGUCCAAGGAUAGUUGGAUGUACGUGGCAGCACUGUGCGACCUGAGGAAGACCAUGAAGGAUGUGGCCAACAGUAUCAAGAAGCAUGACGAUGGUCUCGCAAAGGUCCCCCAGCUCGGUGGUGAGGAGAAGAAGAAGGCUGCCAUCAAGGAUAUGAUUGCGACCUUGGAGAAGAUCGAGGCCAAGAUACUGGAAACAACUCGCCAACCGCAGGCCUACGAGAACAAGGUCCCACCGGUCGAGUCCACCAAGGACUACAACUACGAGUUUACGCCAGAGUUUUUCGGCGUCGAUGAUGUCACCUAUAGCCGCCGUUGUGGCUAUGUCCAGCUAUUCGAGGCUGCCUGGAACGGCGACUUGGCUACCAUUAAGCAGCUCACGCUUGGUAGCUGGGGUGAGAACAAGACCCAGAAGCCUCUGACUAUCACCGUCAACGACGCACAGAGAAACAACGCCUUCUCUCUGGCUUUCCUGCGCGGCCACUACAAGGUCGCUACAGCCAUUCUGGAAAUUGCCCAGGCGCAGUACUCCUCGGAUGUGAAGCAGAUGGUCAGCUACGAGAUGAAAGAAGAGAUGGGCGACGAGGACACCGACAUGAACAGCGACAGCGAGUACGAAGAGGACGAGACCGGCCCGUACCGCAUCAUUGUCGACAACGACCAGUUCACCAUUGACAACAUUGGCGAGGUGAAUAUGCAGGUUAAGGGCACAGUUACACCACUUGACCUGCUGGCUAAGUCUGUCGCAACAUAUACCGUUCGAGACGGUAAGGUUACCGACUACAAGAUUUCCAGUGGAUCGCUGUUUGAGUUUGUCUUCCAGCAGAACGACCGGCGGGGCUUCGAGUUCCUCCUCGAUACUGCCACCCACUUUGCUACCCAGAAGAAGGAGGGCAACUCCCACAGCAGCUACUACAACUUUCCCAUCAGCGACUUCCGUGCGGCCGUGGCCAGUGGUCGCGUCGAGAUGCUAGCCGAGGUGAUCAAACGCACCGGCGCCGGCCUUCCCCUCGAGGAGAUGGUGAAGGACUCAGGCAUCAAGAUUGAGGAGCCGCCCGAGUACUACCAGGGCCUGACGGUCUAUGGUAAGAAGCGGAGCGACUGGGCCGAGGCCGGGCGCAAGACGGUGACGCGCUCGACUGGCAUGACAGAUUCGCCCCUCCUGUUCGCCGCAGAGGCGGGCUGUCUGGAAUCCGUCGAGUGGUUCCUCAGCGAUGCUCCUUUGCGGUGCUACCUCGAGUUCACCGCAUCCAAGGCUGCGCGGGACGACAAGCGCCUGACACACCUGAGCCAAGCGCCUGGUGGCUUCGAGGGUGCCAUUUCGCGCUGGCUGACGAAGAACGGUGCGUUCUCUCAUUCACUUAAUACUCCUCUCCUUUUAAUGAUUACCGUGAUACUGACCUGGAGUCAAGGUGACCUUGCACUCAACAAUGCCAUGAAAUGUCCCGACGCUCAGAAAGCUCUCCCCGUCAUCAAGUAUCUCCUCAAAGUCGCUCCCGACAGCAUCUCGGCUGGAGGCGAGGACCGCAUGACGCCCCUUUUAUCGGCUGUGAGGUUCGGCCGUCUUGAAGCCGUUAAGAUCCUUGUUGAUAGUGGCGCCGACCAGUCCAAACGCCAUGAGACGACAUACGCGAACUUGCUACACGUGGCCCUCUUUGAGAGCCCCAAGGCGCCGGAGCUCAAGAGGCUGUUGGACAUUCUGGACAAGGACGCCGUUGACGGCAUGUUCUGCGAGCGCACCCACCACGCCUCUUGGAGCGAGAGCCGCACGCCCCUACAUGCGUGGCUGGAGCGGACGCUAUCGAGCGGGUACAAUGUUCAAUACGGCCCCGCCAACGGCUACGGAAGCGAUGAAGAGGUGAUUGCCGUGAUGCGUCUUCUCCUCUCGCGCUCGGGUGGCCGCGAAUUGAAUAUCAUUGACAGUGCAGGCGAUACGGUGUUGCACAUGCUCGCCCGGAAGCAAAAGAACCCCAACUUUAUGUUGGCGCUGCUCGAAGCCAUCCCGCGCCAGCUUGCCAUCAGCCUCUUAUACCGCGAGAACGCGGUUGGUGCAACGCCGCUCGAGGUCACCCAAGACAUGUUCUUGGCAUCGUUUGUCAAAGAGCGGCCCGAGAAUAUCAGAAUGUUCGAUCUCACGGUGAACAAGUGGCCCUCGAAGAAGGCCGAGGAGUUUACAACAAUGGUGUACGAGGGCCGCGAGCAGGCGCCCUUACCGACGCGCAUCACGACGAACAAGCCCGAGGCGUUGAAGCGGGCUGAAGAGACCUUGGCUGCGGUGAACAGGUUCCUUCGAGGCGAGAAGGGCAAGCGCCGACUGGUCAGCCUUCACGAAGCCAACGACGUGGCCAGGCGGGUCGGCCACGGGUACCAGAACCAGCGGUAUCCGGUGAAACUCGUGCAGCCGGCAUCGGACACAGAGGAGGGCAAGAGCGGCCUGAGCGGACAGAAUGGCGGUCGCACUGAGAAAGUCGACCCGAUGCAUCUGGCCUUCCACCCUUACAGUACACUUACCUUGCAUACCACGUGGCGGACUCCGAACAAGGACAAGGAGGAGGGCCGUAGUGACGCCGAAGUUGAUGCGCUGAUCGCCAAACUUUUGUAA